AUGGCUGUCACCAAGACGAACAAGGUUGUCGGCGCUGGUGCGUCGAAGGCUGCUGCCAAGGGCCACAGCUUCUUCAUUGACUUCAGUGGCCCGGCCAACGACCGCGUUCUUGACGCGGACGCUUUCGAGAAGUUCCUGCACGACCGCAUCAAGGUCGAUGGCAAGGCCGGCCAACUCGGCGAUGCCGUGCAGAUCACCCGCGAGGGUGAGGGCAAGAUCUGGGUCAAGACCACGAUCCCCUUCUCGAAGCGCUACCUCAAGUACCUGACCAAGAAGUUCUUGAAGCGUGCUGAGCUGCGUGACUGGCUCCGUGUCGUGGCCACCUCCAAGGCCGGCUUCGAGGUCAAGUUCUUCAACGUCUCCUACGACCAGGAGGAGGAGGAGGAGGCUGACGAGGAGUAA